UAUUAGGCGAGUUAGUGUAAAAGUGAAAAAUAAUGGCUCGGCUAAGCUUCAUCGUAGCGAUUAUCGUUGCACUAACAUGCGUUUUCGCAGAGACACUUUAUUCUGAUCGAUACGACGAUGUUGAUGUUGUCGCAAUUUUUAAUAAUCCGAAAAUGCGAGAACAAUAUUACAAAUGUUUUAUGGAUUUAGCACCGUGCAAGACACCUGAUUCAAAAUUCUUUAAAGAGAUUAUUGGUGAAGCUUUGAACACCGAAUGUAGGAAAUGUACUGAAAAGCAAAAGCAAAAUUUGGAUUAUGUAAUGGAUUGGUAUACAAAAAAUAAUCCCGAAGGACUACAGGCUCCUCGUUGGCAAAGAGUAUAG